UCACCAGGGUCGAGCAGCAGACAUCAACAACCAACGCCAAUAUCAACAACCAAAUCAGAUGAAAGGCAGCCUUCUCCUCUCUCUACUCAAUCCCACCAUCCUUCCCAUUCACAUCUAACACCACAAGGGCCUUCAGUAGCUCAAAUCUCCCUCUCUGUAGCUCCUCGCGGUUACCCAGUCGUAUCUCCAAGAGAAUGCAGUCUAACAUCCAGUGCCGCCAGUUUUCAAGAAGCUCUACGCAUUCUCUAUCAAAAGCACACAGUUCCUUCAACAUCGACUCGUCCCGGACCUUCCACGCUACCUCCUGUCUCAGCUCCACCCUUUCACCAUCACCACCAGAAGCAGUCAUUCAUGACACCACACCAACAUCCUCAUCGCCCGACCAGUGGACAUUUGAAACGAUACUCUACAGAUGAAGUGGAAGGAAGUGGUGGGCCGUCGUCAAUAAGUCAAGACACCUUUGUAGCUGCUCUGACUGCUGCUUCGGAGAGAUCACAGCCGUCGUAUCCAUUUCCGCGCCGACAAUCUGAGUCGGGAUUGUAUCAAUUGGCAGAGAGAAUGCAGCGAUAUCCACCAGGUGAACAGAUGACUCUGAAAAGGGUGCGAUCGGAACAACAAAGCGUGCCUUUCAGUAUGCUGGGACAACAACCGUCCAGACCACCCUUCUCAUUCACUAUGGUGCUAGGAGAACAAGUACCUGUGGCUGAUCCGGAGCAGUUAGCUCGAAAUCUUCUCUUUCCACUGCUCAAUGCCCCACAGCCUUUUGGAGCUACCGCAACAGUCCCCUCAUCUACUUCAACACUCACCACUUCUGAUCCAACAAGUGCCACCCACGUCGUCGCAACACCACGGCGUACCUCUGCCCUAGAUCUUCUUUUAAUGACCGAAGGGGAGGCCCUCCAAUUUUCCCAGAGCAUGCUUGCUGGAUCAAGCCUAGCUCAUCCCGAACGCCCCUCCCAUCCCACUGGUUUAACUCCUUCCCUUCGAUCCAUCACCACCUCCACUACAACAGGUGGUUGUACCUCCCAGGUCUUCAAUUUUUCCGGUUCUUCCUCAGCUACCACAUCGAACGUGGUCAUCACUCCUUCUUCUGUCUCCUCUUCUGCACCUGUCUAUCGACCUGCUCUAAGUUCCGCAGAUCCAAGUACAUCCACUGCCGUUUCUGUUCCUGGUCCUUCUACUUCAACCGACUAUCACACAGGUUUCCGUCGCUCUGAGGCGGCCAAGUGUAGACGGGUCUACGGCGCCGUGAAUAAAAGUAGAUGGUGUAAGCAAUGUCGUUGGAAGAAAGCCUGCACGAGAUUUCAAGGUCCCUCUCCACAUCAAAAGGAUCCUCCAGAUUUGACAUGA